AUGAAAUUAUUCAGUUAUUUUAUAUAAGUAGUUAUGAAAUAGUGAUAUCAAAUUUUGUAAUUGCUAAUAAUUACAAUAUAGUCAUAUUUUACCUUUCUGAAAAUAAAGAAAUUAUUAUUUCUGAUAUAAUAUUUAAGAAUUCACUUUAAAAUUAAAAGAUUCCAUUAUCCUAAGACUGUUUAAAAAUAAAAUAAAAAGCUAAACUACUCAAUAUUUUGGGCUUUACAAAUAUUUUAAUAGCUAAUGUUUAAAUCUUUUAAAUUUUCAAUAUUGAUGAAUCAAUAAUAUAGAUCAGUUCAAGUUAACAAAGUUUACCAUAAUAAAAUUCUUAUAUUGAGAUUAUUAAUCUAGAAUUUACUGAAAAUAUCCUAAUAUAAUCGACUUUUGUUGAUCUUAUCUCAUGCUUAAGAAUAGAAUCCGAUAGUAAACCAACUAUACAAAUGAAGAAUAUUUCAUAUAUUGAAAAUUUUCUCCAUUCUUAUUCAAGUGGUGCAGUAAGUACUAUUUUAAAUUUAAUAUACAUAAUGUCUUCAUCAAGUGUAUUAUAAAUUGAAAAUAUAUUUUAUGAAAAUAAUGCUUUGACUAAUUCUUCUAACUCAAUUAUGAUUCUAAGAUCAGAUAUAUUAAUAUUAGUUAAUUUUACAUUAAAUAACUUAAAUUUAUUAUCAUAAUAAUUAUGGACAAAUCAUUAUGACCUUUAAUUUAAUCAAUAAUUUAGUUAAGAUAACUUAAAUAAUUUAGUUUAUUAAAUUUUACAAAUGAAAAAUAACGGAGGAGGUGCAUCUCAAUUUUUGGGUUCUAACAUUUCUUGUAUAAAUUGCACAUUUUCAAAUAUAUUGGCUAUGGACAGUUAUAUAUUUGAUAUUACAACAAAAUCAGAUGGCAUUUUAAAUUUUAUUAAUAUCAAAGUAAAUUAAGCAAGUAACAACUUAAAAUAAAUAGAAAAAAAUAUUGGUUGUUUUAAUAUUUAGUCUUCAAAUAGUAAAUUAAAUUUAAAGAUGAUUAAUGUUUAAUUAAUCAAUAUAUUUAAUAGAAUGGGACCAAUAAUUUUUACAAUUUUACCUUCUAAAUCAUCGAAUUUUAUCUUUUUAAAGGAUAUCAACCUAUUAAAUUGUCUUUCUUUACAAGAUUAGAUAAUCAAUGUUAAAUUUUAAUCUUCAAAUGCUGAUAAAAAUAAAGUUACUUUGAAAAAUGUGAGAAUUAUUCAAGAAUAUGAUGAAUGGAAAUAGUAUUUUUCAAGAAUAGGUGAUUUAACUGUAUAAGAAAUCACUGAUAUUGGAAAUAAUAAAAAUUCUCUAAUAUUUUUGUAAAAUUGCAUAGUAAAUGCAGAAAAUUUUGAAAUAAAGGGAAUAAUUAUUAAUUCUAUAUUUUAUUUUGAGAACAUCCCCAUAAUAUAACUUUAUUAUAUCAAUAUAGAAAAUGUUGAAUUAUUUUACUUCUUUAAUUUAAUUAAAAUCACUUAAUCAUUAUAAAUUUAAACAGUAAUUCAUAUCGAAUAACUCAGUAUCACUAAUAUUUCUAUUUACAAGAAUGAUAUAAAUUAUUCACCAAAUUACUUCUCAAACAAUUAUAUUAUUCGAGGAUGUACAACUUAUUACUAAUCAUUUUAAAAAUUACAACAUGAUUAUCUAUUCUUAGGUGUUAGUUCUCUAUAAUAAAUUAAUAACAAAGAUAAUUCAUUACUUUAUAUUAAAAUCAUCUCUAAUAAGAGUAAUUUAUUUUUUAAAGAUGUUAAAUUAGAUUAAAAUAAUUGUUAAUAAUGUUAUAAUGGAAUGGUUUUUAUUGAAACCUAAACAUUUAAAUCUAUUAAAAUUCAACAAUUAAAUUGUAAUUAUAACUUCAUCAAAAGAAAUGGAUGUUUAUAUUGCUUAUAAUAAACAGAAAUUGAAUCGAAAAUCUAAAUUGAAAAUUCUAAUUUCCUUUUCAAUAAUGGCAGUAAGGGAGUUGCUAUUUUUGCAUAAAAAGUGAAAAUAUCAAUAAAAUCGUGUAAAAUCAUAUAAAAUUACGCACAAGAUUUUGGUGGAGGGUUAUAUUUUUAAUCAAAUUCUUUGAACUUUAAAAUUAUUCAAUCACAUAUUAUAGGUAAUAGAGCUAGAGUAGGAGGGGGUAUAUAUUUAGAUGGCAAUUGUAAUUUAAAUACAAAUAAUUUUGUAUCCUCAAUUUUGUUAUUUAAUAUUGCUUAAGAAUAUGGUGAUAAUGUUGUUGAGAUUCCUACACAUUUGGCUGUUUAUCUAAAUUUCAUGGAAAAUCCUUCUAAACAUUAUUUCAUUAAUAAUACAUAUAUAAAUAUGUUGAAUCUCAAAAGGUAUCGAAUGAUUGAAUAAGGAAAUUAUAUUUAUACAACUAAUCUAAUAAUUCCUAGUAAUUAAGUGAUUAAGUCUUUAUAAAUUUUUGAUUUUCAGAACUCUAAUUAUAAGUCUUUUAUUAAAGAUAUUAGAUUUUAUUACAAAAAUAGUAGAAAUGAAAUACUUUUUGAUCUAUUUAAUUCCACUUGUAAAAUUACAAAUAAAAUUAUCACAAAAUAAUUCAAAGAAUUAGAUAGGUUAAGAGAUGUUUAAACCUUAUUGUAUGAUAAUGAAAAGAAUUCUUUUGAUUUUGGAACAUUAUUAUUUAGCUUAGAUCCUUAUGAAUAAACAUAUGACCAUUUAUAGAUUGAAAUUAAUUGUUAAAUAUAAGAACCUAGAAAUAAUUUAAUAUAUUUAAUAAAUGCAAGAAGCCUGAAAUGUUAACUAGGUGAAUUUUACAUAAAUGAUGGAUGUUAGAUUUGUUUAUCCAAUUAGGGGUAUUAUUCAGUUACAUACAAUGCAAUAAAAUGCUCUAUUUUUGAUAAAGAUAAGUAUUCUGAUAUCACUUCAAAUAUGAUAAAAUUAUAAUAAGGAUUUUGGAGACCCCAUAAUUUAUCAGAUUAUGCAGAAUAUUGUUUUAAGAAUUCAUAAUUUUGUAAUGGAGGCUGGUAAGUUGGUGAUUAUACAUGUAAUUAAGGACAUAUAGGUGGAUUGUGUGAAGAAUGUGAUGUAUAUAAUAUUAGGGGAUUUGGUAAUUAUUUUAAAAACUAAUGGGAUUUAUAAUGCUUAAAAUGUUAAUUUGACUUGAGUAACUUUAUCUCAUUAUUUAUUGUUGGAACUUGGUAUUUAAUUUGAAUUAUAAUAGGGCUUUUUUAUCUAUGUAUAUGUCUUUAAAAAGUAUUCAUUAUUCUAAUUAAUUAUACGCAUAAUUAAUGAUGGGCCAACGAUAUAGCAAGAUAUUAUUUAAAUUAAAUUAAAGUAAGAAUUAAAUAAUUAAUUAUUAGAUCAUGAUAGUAUUUAGAUUAAAAUGUUGUUAAAUUAUUUCUGGAUAUUUACUGUUAUAUUUACUUUUAAUAUAGAUUUUUCUUUCUCUUUUAUUUUUAUUGAACAAUCUAGUGAUAGUUUUUAUUUUAUGUCUAAAGAUUUGGAUUGUUAUUUAUCCUAAAUUUAAUAGAUACCAAAUGUUUAUCUGAAAAUAAUGAUUAUGAUAAUAUUGAUGGUGAUGUAAUUUAAUAUUACAUUUAUUGGAUCAUACUUAUAUUUGAUGUAUCUAAAAUAAAAGUAUGAUAUAAGCAUUUUAUCAAAUACAGCUAUAUAUUUAUAUGUUUUUAAUUUUGCAGGAUUAAUUAAAAUGUAUUUAUUAAGUGUUAUUAGGUUUUCAUCAAUAGUUUCCAGGAGAGAAAUAUCGAAUAUUGAUUAUAUUCAUGGUGAUGUUUCUAUGAUAUAUGGUACGCAAGAUCAUUAUUUAUGGAUGUAUUAUUUUAUAAUUCCUGGUUUGAUUGUGUUUGGUGUUGUGAUCCCACUAAUGAUUUUUAUCCUAUUGAUGAUAAAUUACAAUAUAUUAGAUAAAAUUAAAAUUAGAAGACAUAUAUCUUAUUUAUUGAAUGAAUACAAAAUGGAAAGAUUUUAUUGGGAAUAAAUUAAAUUAUUUAAAAAAGCAAUCUUAAUAUUUAUUUUGACCAAUUUUGAAACUGAAAUUGUUUUAAAGGCAUCCCUAUUAUGCUUAUGCUUAUUAAUGUAUUAGAUAUUAGCAACUUUUCAUUAACCAUUCAUUAAUCGAAAAUUUAAUAAUUUAGAUCUAUAGAGUAGUUAAAUUUGUUCAAUUUCAGUAUUAUUAGCAUUGACUAAAUAAAUUUGUGAAUAAAAGAAUUAUUUAGGUCCUUCUAUGCUCAUAUAAAUUUUGAUAAUUGGAUGUUUCACUAAAAUGUGUUACCCUUUUAUUUUUGACAUAGUUAGAAGUUAUAUAAAAUAUUUUAAAUUUCUAUUUUUAAAUAAAUUACAUUAACUUCUAAAUUAGAAAGUACCUCAUUUCAUUAUUACUAUUAUAUUAACUAAUAUUUUAGAGAAAGAGAAAUUGAGAGAAAAAAGAAUCAAAUAUCUUUUUAUGAAAUUGAGAGAUCAUCUGAUUUCUUUAUCAAGAAUAUAAUUAAAAAACUCAAAGCAGUAUAGAUAAUUUCUAUCCUUCCUAAGCUCAAGAAUUCAGAGUCCUAAAUCACCAAAAGAAAAUGAUAGAAUGUUAUUUCAGAAUAUUUCCAAACAAGAUUCUAACAAAAAGUACAUUAUUAAAUUCGAAAGAAGUGAUGAUGAUAAUUGA